AUGCUGAUCACUGUGUACUGUGUGAGGAGGGACCUCUCUGAGGUAACCUUCUCUCUCCAGGUCAGCCCUGAUUUUGAGCUUCACAACUUCCGAGUACUCUGUGAGUUCGAGUCUGGAAUUCCUGCUGAAGAAACCCAAAUAAUCUAUAUGGAGCGACUCCUUGCUGAUGACCAGUCUUCCCUGGGUUCCUAUGGCCUAAAAGAUGGCGAUAUUGUAGUCUUACUUCAGAAGGAGAAUGUGGGAUCUCAGCCUCCAGGACGAACACCAAACCAGCCUCCAGUAGACUUAAGUGGGACAGCCAUGCCUGGAACAUCCAACUCACGCCAGCAGCAGUACCAGCAGCAGCAGCAACCACGUGCACAAACAGCUCAGCAGGCCUGUGGCUUUGCCUCUGGAGAGGAGGCGAUAUCUUCUCAAGGUCUGGACAGCCCAGCCAUGAUCCGAAGCAUGCUGCUUUCCAAUCCCCACAAUUUGUCUCUGCUGAAGGAGCGCAACCCCCGCUUGGCUGAAGCUCUGCUUAGUGGAAACCUCGAAACCUUUUCUCAGGUCCUGAUGGAACAGCAAAGGGAGCAAGAACUGAGAGAACAAGAGCAGCUUCGCCUCUAUUCUGCUGACCCAUUUGAUCUGGACACUCAGGCCAAAAUAGAAGAAGAAAUUCGGCAGCAGAACAUUGAGGAAAACAUGAACAUAGCGAUGGAAGAAGCACCUGAGAGUUUUGGACAAGUGGCAAUGCUUUACAUUAACUGCAAAGUGAAUGGACAUCCUUUGAAGGCUUUUGUUGACUCAGGUGCACAGAUGACCAUCAUGAGCCAAGCCUGUGCUGAAAGAUGUAACAUACUAAGGCUGGUAGACUGUCGAUGGGCUGGGAUUGCUAAAGGAGUGGGCACACAGAGAAUUAUUGGCCGCGUUCAUCUAGCUCAGAUUCAAAUCGAAGGUGAUUUCUUGCAGUGCUCUUUCUCUAUACUUGAGGAGCAGCCCAUGGACAUGCUUCUAGGACUAGACAUGCUCAGGAGACACCAAUGUUCCAUUGACUUGAAGAAAAAUGUGCUGGUGAUCGGCACUACUGGCACACAGACUUACUUUCUUCCUGAGGGAGAGUUACCCCCAUGUACAAAGUUGGCAAGUGGUACCGGGCAUGAAGAGUCUUCAAACAAAGAAAUAGUAGAUCCUAUUAAAAAGUCAAUCAAGGAUUCAGGAAGGAAAAAGCACUGA